AUGGACUCAUCUUCAGGAUCCAAAAAGAGAAAGGCUGAGGCAUCUGCUUCAGGCUCUCACUCUCGUCGUCAGCAACGAUAUAGGAUGGAAUGGGAAAUAGACCCUGCUUUCAAGCCGUGGCUACAGGAAACAACUGACCAGUAUAAAGCUAGGUGUAAAAUUUGCAACGUUACUAUGACUGCAGAGCUAAGUGCCAAAAAAAAAAAAAAAAUCAUGCAAAAGGCAAAAAACACUUCAUAUUUCAAAUUUACAACGGACAAGUAUCAACCUCCUGUGGCUAGGGUAGAAAUAAAGCUGGCAGGUAUUCUAGCUGCACAUAAUGUGCCUUUUAAGGUAAUGGGUCACUUGUCAGAGGCCUUGAGAGAUAUUUUCAGUGACUCCAACAUAGCACAGGAAUUUGCUAUGAAAAGAACUAAAGCAACUGCAGUUGUAACUAAUGCCAUAGGAAAGUCCUACUACAUGUGGUUAUCUGAGAAGCUAGUUGCUGCUGAGCAAAUUUUCAACUCUCUACGUGACCCUUUUAUUAAGUUGUACUACUAUUUCCUAGAUUGGAUUUUGCCAAAGUUCACUAAUUUUAAUAAGUAUUUUCAGUCAGAUAAGCCAGCCAUAACAGUGCUCCAUGAAAAAAUAAGUUCUUUCUAAGGGUAGUCUCCUUUCAUUCAUGGAGAGAGAAUAUGUAAUGAAAACAGAACUUUAUUUGAUAGAUCCAGAUAGAAACGAUAAGCAUCUCAGAGACACAGGAAUGUAUCUAGGUGUAAAAGUGUUACAGGAACUGCAAGACUCCCGUGUAACAGCAAGAAAAUCCGAGUUGCAGGAUAUUUUCCAACGCUGCCGCAACUUUAUGUCUAUGGCUUGCUGUGAAAUUAAAAAGCGGUAUGAUUUCAACGACAAUGGCAUCUCAAAACUGAAUUGUCUGACUCCAAUGCUUUAUCAUUGAAUUUUAGGAAGGCAGUUCCUUCUUUGGUACCCUUAGUAACUGCAUUGUUCCUUCUUGUACCUUCAGAAUACAGCUCAUUAUUGCAAAGACUGGAUGAUCAAUGGUGAAUAUUGCCACUGGAGUGUGACAACUCAACCUUGAAUACAGAGGACAGUGAUGAGUUUUGGGCUGCAUUAUUAAAAGAUAAACCAAACUUAAGAGACCUGUCACAGUUUGCACUCUCUGUUCUUAGCCUGCUCCAUUCGAAUGCAGAAUGUGAGAGAAUUUUUAGUAAAAUUAACCUUUUCAAAACUAAGGUAAGAAACAGGUUGAAGACAGCAUCUGUAAAUGGGAUACUGCUAGCAACAGAAUGUAUGAAGACUACUGGAUCAUGCUGUAAAAACAUUAACCCAACAAAUGAUAUGUAUUCUCUCUUGGCACCUCACAUUCUGACUCUGAGUAAUGUUAUGAGCCAUGAGGUAUAGCCUAUGUCUAGAAUAUGAAUAGUUAUUUUUAAUUGCAUAUAAAUAUGAAAAUUUUUCUAAAAAAAAAAAUUGUUUCAUUUCUUUACAGUGAUGAUGAGGCCUAUUAUAUGUGAUUUGCUAUUGAGGUAUGGUAUGUGUUAAAAUGUGAUUUGAUUUAUUUCCAAUGAAACACUAAUCUGUGAAAGAUUAUUUAUUUGAAUUUCUCAGUAUUAAUAUUUAGUAUAUUUAGAAAUGAUGCAUAAAGUGUACAUUUUAUUUAUCUCAAGGGAUAGAUAUUAGACCUCAAAAUGUACGAUAAUUUGUACGAUGUUUCAUCAAUGACAGUACCAUAAUUUUGUCACGAAAACAAUAUUUUUGAGCUCCCUGUACGAUAAUAUUGUGUUGAGAAUCUGGCAACCCUGUGGCAGUUGGAACAUUUUCCCACGGCAGUCGCUACCCCAGCAGUUGAAAGGAGUACACAUACAGAGACGUGCUCUAACAUUUUUUGGAGACACGGGUCAGGGUUCCUAGUGAACGGACGUGUUUAGUGAGCAGUGACCUGACGCUAAUAUAGCUGGCUAGUGUAGACAUGGCGCCUUGUGUUGCUGAGUCAACUGGUUGUGUUAGUUCUGUUCUCGAGGCCUUCGUUGCGAAGGUCUCAGAGGUGGAGGCUGAGUUCCAUCGAAGGAUCUCGGAGGUGCAGGCUGAGUUUCGUGAGAGAAUCUCAGACCUGUAGGCUGAGUUCUAUGAGAGGAGCUCAGUACCUGUGGGAGGAUCGUGCCUCACCAUCACCUUACCUAGUAAGGCGACGGAGGAGCAGUGGUCGGUUGUGUGCAGGGGAGCCAAGAGGGUGAAGGUCCUCAGGGCACCUUGCGUGGAGACGAAGAAUCCCUUCAAUGUGCUGGAGGAAGGGAAGGAGAAGGAGGUGGACAGGGCGAGAGGAGGCAAGAAGGAGGGGACAGAUGCAGUUACCCUGCCCCAAGGUAGAGUGCUUGUGUUUGGUGAUAGUCAGGUUAGGCACUUAGAUAGUGCCUUCUGUGCUAGGAAUAGGAAGCGUAGGUCGAGGGUGUGUUUGCCGGGGGCCGGGAUAGGGAAGGUAGCUGAUAGGCUAGACACGUGCUUGGAAAAAGAUGGGACCAAGCCCAUUGUUUUUCUCAGUGCGGGAGGGAAUGACCUUGGUAAGGUCAGGAGUGAGGAGCUUAUCAGGAGGUUUCGACAGACUUUGGACAGGAUUAGGGACAAGGGAGGGAUGCCCGUGGUGUCUUGCCGAGGAGGGGAGUUGGUGCUGAGUGGCUGUCCAGGGCUAUUACAGUGAAUCGCAGGCUCGCGAAUCAUUGUAGGAGUAAUGGAUGGACGCUCAUCGACAACUGGGACCUUUUCUAUGGUAGGGACACCUUGUACUCCAGGGAUGGAGUGCAUUUGUCACGCCAGGGUGUUCGUGUUUUGGCCGAAACACUCGAGCGGGAGGUAACUGCACUCCAGCACUUUUUUCGUUAGUCGGGAGGGAAGAAGGGGUAGUGAGGUGAGAGCGAGGGGCAAAAUAGUUAAAUCUGGAAAGGUAGCUAGCUCAGGGAUGGUGAGAAAUAGCUUAAGUGUUUACUACACAAACUGUAGAAGUAUUCUGAAUAAAAUAGACUUGCUUAGAGGAAUAGCGAGUGUAGAGAAAUUUGAUAUCAUUGCUUUAACUGAAACUUGGUUAGAUAUGUCAGGAAAAGUAUUUAAUCCAGAGGUUAAGAUAGAUGGGUAUACAAUGUUCUAUAAAGAUAGGGAGAACAUGAGAGGAGGAGGCGUCGCGUUAUACGUUAGGGACACAUUACAGUGUUGUAUGAACAAUAGAAUUAAAACAGAUAACAAAGCAGAGUCGAUAUGGGUAGAUAUUAAGGAAGGAUCGCAGUCAGUAGUACUAGGGGUAGUUUACAGACCACCGACCAGUACAGAGGAAAUUAACACCUCACUGUGGCAGGAAUUAAAUAAAGCAGGCAGGUACAGUCAGGUAUGUGUGGUAGGAAAUUUUAAUUUUAGGAAUAUUGACUGGAGUCUGAUGGUGGGUAACAAGGAAGCAGAGGAAUUUCUUAAGGUAAUUCAGGAUAAUUUUUUAAAACAGGUAGUCGUAGAACCCACAAGGGGGAAUAAUAUUCUAGAUUUAAUUCUUACUAGCAGGGAGGAAGCAGUCACGCAGGUAGAGGUUGGAGGACAGCUAGGUAACAGUGACCAUAGAGAAAUUAGGUACAAUUUAGAAUGGGAAGAAACUGUUAGAAACAAAAACACUAGUAAAAUACCUGACUUUAGGAGAGUAGAUUUUGAAGAAUUAAAAAGGUACCUCCAAGGAGUGGACUGGCCAAGGAUGCAGGGUGAGGUCAGGUCAGGGACGGAGUUCAGAGAGAUAAGGCAGGAUGAGAGAGGUGAGGUGAGGUGUGAGGGUGUAGGACAAGAGGAGGGAAGAUGUGUCCGGAAGGGGAGGAGGAAAAACGAAUGGGGAGAUAGGUGUGAGUAUGUUGGAAUGUCAGGUCAUGCUGAAAUGAGAGAGGUGAGGUCGAGGAGAGUAGAUGAGGGAGUGGAGAGGAUGGUAGGGGACGAGAUGAGGGGAUUAGGUGAAGUAAAUGUAGAUGAAUUGUAUAGAUAUUUCGUAGAUAAAGUUCAUACAGGUCAGUUAGCAAAUAUCCCGUAUAGAACAAUAAGAUCACAAACAAAUGACCCUAAAUGGAUGACUGCUAGGUUAAAACAUUAUAUAGGGCGUAAGAGAAGUAUAUAUAAGAGAUUAAGGGCAGGUGAAGAAGUUUUAAGGACACAAUAUAAUGAAUUAGUUAGAACAGUCAGGAAGUUAACGAGGAAAGCUAAGGACAAUUAUGAAUUAAAGGUAGCCAGCUAGGCGAAGACGGACCCCAAGGGAUUUUAUCAGGUAUACAGGACGAGGAAUAAGGAUACUGUAGGUCCAUUAAAGGCAGCAGAUGGGGAGCUGGUUAGUUCUGGGGAGGAGAUAAGUAAACUUCUGAAUGAUUAUUUUUUAACUGUCUUUACCCAGGAAAACAUGCAGGAUAUGCCAGAUAGUGAACAGGUGUUUAGAGCAGAUGAGAAUGAAAAGCUGACAGAUAUUUCCAUAACUAGGGAGAUAGUGGAACAGGAGAUAGAUAGGCUAAAAAAGUUCAAGUCACCAGGACCUGAUGAAAUAUAUCCCAGAGUACUUGAGAAAUGUAAAGAGAUUAUUAGUGAGCCGUUAGUUUCUGUCUUUAGGAAAUCACUGGAGUCGGGUGAGGUACCAGUAAUGUGGAGGCAGGCUAAUGUAGUACCCAUCUUAAAGAAAGGAGAUAAAACUUUAGCGUCUAAUUAUAGACCUGUCAGCUUAACUUCAGUUGUAGGUAAAAUGUUAGAGUCAAUAAUAGCGAGGAACAUUGGGGAACAUUUAGACAAACAUAACUUGAUAAAUCAGUCACAGCAUGGCUUCACGAAGGGGAAGUCUUGCCCGACAAACUUGUUAAGUUUUUUACAGUAAGGUGUACGAGGCAGUAGAUAAUGGUGAUAGUUAUGAUAUCUUAUAUCUGGACUUUAGUAAAGCAUUUGACAAGGUACCCCAUCAAAGGCUCCUGAGAAAGGUUAGGGCACACGGGAUAGAUGGGAAGGUUAGGCUGGAUAGGGUCAUGGCUUGGUAACAGGCGACAGAGUGGUAAUAAACGGCUCGAAAUCCGAGUGGGGUCAUGUAAUUAGUGGGGUGCCACAGGGAUCAGUAUUAGGGCCAUUGUUAUUUCUAAUAUAUAUCAAUGACUUGGAUAGUGGAAUUAGUAGUGAUGUUAGUAAAUUUGCGGAUGACACAAAGAUAGGUAGAUUAAUUAGGUCAGAAUCGGAUGCCAUCGCCUUGCAGGCAGACUUACAUAGAAUAAAUGAAUGGACGGAUAGAUGGCAAAUGCAAUUUAAUAUCAAUAAAUGCAAAGUGCUUAGCGUAGGUAGAGGAAACCCACACAAUAGGUACACAUUAGACAACCAAACUCUGGUAGGUACAGGGUACGAGAAAGAUUUAGGAGUUAUA